AUGAGCCUCCCCAGCACCGAGACCCCACGAUGCCUCUCCAUGCAGCAGCAAGGCCCCAGCAGCAUCAACCAGCUGGGGGGGGUCUACACCAACGGCUGCCCUCUCCCCCCAUGCAAAAGGCAGAGCAUCAUCCGGCUGGCAGCACGCGGCGUCCGCAGCACCGACAUCUCCCGCAGCCUCCAGGUGUCCAAUGGUUGCGUCAGCAAAAUCUUGAGCCGUUAUUACCGGACCGGUUCGUUGAGACCUAAAAGUUUGCGGGGUGGCAAAGCUCGUGCUGUUCCCCCCCCCAUGGUGGCACGAAUCGCGCAGCUGAAGCGUGAGCGGCCGUCCCUCUUCGCAUGGGAGAUCAGGCAGCAGCUGCGCCUCGAGGGGCUCUGCGGCAACCAGAGCAGCCCCAGCGUCUCCUCCAUCAAUCGGGUGCUGAGGGCUCUGCAGGGAGCACCGAGCCCCACCGUGUUGCCGGGGGGAGAGAACGCAGGCCGCAGCAGGCAGCGCAGCAGGACGACGCUGUCCCAGCAGCAAUCCAAAGCCCUGGAGGAAGAGUUCCAAAGGGGAAAAUACCCAGACAGCAGCACACGAGGACGAUUGGCUGCGGCCACACGGCUGCCAGACAUCACCAUCCAGGUGUGGUUCUCCAACAGAAGAGCCAAAUGGCGACGUGAAGCCAGGCAGGGGAUGGAGGCCAAUGGUGCAGGUGAGAGCCCCCAGACCUCGUUCAUGGGAUGCUGGCUGCUGCGGUAA